AUGAUCUCCAACAUUGCGGGCACCACCAAGAAGUCCGUCAUCAUGUCCCUGUACAAUGCCGGGUCUUCUGCCGGUAACAUCAUCGGCCCCCUUCUCUUCAACUCCAAGGAUGCGCCCGAGUACAAGCCUGGUCUCACCAAAGUCAUGGGUAUCACCUGCGCCCUACUCGCCGUCAUCGGACUGCAGGUCAUCAACCUCUUUGUCUCCAACAAGAUGCAAGAGCGCAAGAGAGUGGCAAACGGCAAGCCGAGAAAGAUCAAGGAUCUUAGCAUGGAGCACCACUAUGUCAGCGCACAGAAUGAUGAGGCUGGUGCUCAGUUGGGAGAUAAUGCAUUCAUGGAUUUGACUGAUCGCCAGAAUGAUGAGUUUGUGUACGUCUACUAA